CUUUAGGGACGCGGGCAGCCUCUGUGCUCCGGAGCUUUACCCUCGCCAAAGGGUUACAGCAACUUGGAAAGACAGAGAGAAAUUACAAAAAAACAAACCAACAACAACAACAAAAAAAAAAGCAAUUUCUAUUUUGUUUUGUUUUUCUUUUGAAAGCUCUUGGCUUAGAGAGGCAAGUUUGGGAAAUCCAAACACCUUUUCCAAAAAAAAAAACAACUUGUUGGUUUUUAUAGGAUUUACUUUUUUUUUUUUUUUUUUUUUAAAUUUUCAAGGCUCCCACGACUGGAAAGUGGGCACCUUCAUUCCUUCCCGGGAGUGACAAUAAGGGGUCCUUAAAGAGUUUGCUGGGAGCGUCCUUGCCUCCCGCUUCUCUCGAGCUUAACUCAGCCCGAGUCAUGGUGAUGUUCAAGAAGAUCAAGUCCUUCGAGGUGGUCUUCAACGACCCCGAAAAGGUGUAUGGCAGUGGGGAGAAGGUGGCCGGCCGAGUGGUGGUGGAGGUGUGUGAAGUCACCCGGGUCAAAGCCGUCAGGAUCCUGGCUUGCGGAGUGGCCAAGGUGCUGUGGAUGCAAGGAUCCCAGCAGUGCAAGCAGACCUUGGACUACCUGCGCCACGAGGACACGCUGCUCCUGGAAGACCAGCCGGCAGGUGAGAAUGACUUGGUGAUCAUGAGACCUGGGAACAAGUACGAAUACAAAUUCGGUUUCGAGCUCCCUGAAGGGCCUUUGGGAACAUCUUUCAAAGGAAAAUAUGGUUGUGUUGACUACUAUGUGAAAGCUUUUCUUGAUCGCCCCAGCCAGCCAACUCAAGAGACAAAGAAAAACUUUGAAGUGAUGGAUCUAGUGGAUGUCAAUACCCCUGACCUAAUGGCACCAGUGUCUGCGAAAAAGGAAAAGAAAGUUUCCUGCAUGUUCAUUCCCGAUGGGCGGGUGUCUGUCUCUGCUCGAAUUGACCGGAAAGGAUUCUGUGAAGGUGAUGACAUUUCCAUCCACGCUGACUUUGAGAACACCUGCUCCCGCAUUGUGGUCCCCAAAGCAGCCAUCGUGGCCCGGCACACUUACCUUGCCAAUGGCCAAACCAAGGUGCUCACUCAGAAGCUGUCCUCAGUCAGAGGCAAUCACAUCAUCUCCGGGACGUGUGCGUCAUGGCGGGGCAAGAGUCUCCGGGUGCAGAAGAUCAGGCCGUCUAUCCUGGGCUGCAACAUCCUUCGGGUUGAAUAUUCUUUGCUGAUCUAUGUUAGCGUCCCUGGCUCCAAGAAAGUCAUCCUUGACCUGCCCCUGGUAAUCGGCAGCAGGUCAGGUCUGAGCAGCCGGACGUCCAGCAUGGCCAGCCGAACCAGCUCCGAAAUGAGCUGGAUAGAUCUAAACAUCCCCGAUACCCCGGAAGCCCCUCCAUGCUACAUGGAUAUCAUUCCUGAAGAUCACCGGCUGGAGAGCCCCACCACUCCUCUGCUCGAUGAGGUGGACGGCCCUCAAGACAGCCCGAUCUUCAUGUACGCUCCCGAGUUCAAGUUCAUGCCACCGCCCACUUACACUGAGGUGGAUCCUUGCGUCCUUAACAACAACGUGCAGUGAGCCAGCGGCCCCCCAAGAAAGGAAGCGGCUGUCUUGACUCGUUUCUUUCUGCCUCUCUUCCUGGACUCUCACAUUUUAGAGACUCAGUCGUCUCUGGGGGGAGGGGGGCUACAGGUCCACUCCAGCCUUGGGCUCCCCAGUGUGAGUGGUGAUCAGCAGGCACUUGCUGGGCCUCAGAUGGUGCCAGUUCGUCCUUAGCCAGUGACAACACUGUGGUAUAGGAGUGUUUGUUGGGGGGGAAGGGUUUAAAAAUACCCCAGAAAAAUUCAGAACUGUUCCAUUUUUCCCAGAUCUUAGAAAUCAUGACCGUUGUAGUAGUCUUGAGUUGAGAUAGUAAUGACCUUCCGGCAUGGUCUUUACAAGGUUUUUGUUGUUGUUGUUGAAGGGAAUAUUGUUAUAUAAUGAUACCACCCCUUGAACUGCUGUGCCAUGUGGAACAGAGCUGAUGAACAUACUAGGAAAAGAAAACUCAUGGCCAAAAAAUCUGGAAAAGGAGGUUCUUUUUUCUUUUCUUCGUUUUUUUGAUCGCCAUAUAUGUACACUUAGAAAAGAAAGAAAAACCUCCCAAGGCCGAUGUGGUUUGUACUGUGGCGAGCACGUCCCUGGGAGUUCUGGGAAAGCUGCUUUAAGGUCUCUGCUUAGAAUGUCCUUUACCCCAGCGCAGAUAGAGCACCGGUAACUGCGCCCCACCAAAGGUCUUAAAAGCCAUGUUACAGCCUUUUGCACUGUGUUCUCCUAUUGCAAAUUCACUCACACGGGAGAAUCUGCCUUUCUCCUCACGUGACUCCUUGGAGUUGAUUCCAAGGUGAUGUUCUUAGCACUUUAGUUCCUGUCAAAAAAAAUUUUUUUUUUUUUGUAAGUUUCCUUCUGUCCAUUACAAAUGUAAGCUACUAUGGAUGUCUCUAGGGGUAAGUCCAAUGACCAAAAUAAAACUUCAUUUUGAGGCUUUGUCCCAGUGUACAGAAUUACCUAAUUCUGACACUGACACUAAUUCUAUGAAGGAUCUACCCUUAGCUUUGCACCCUGUGACUUCUCGAAACCCCAGAAGGGACUUGGGAUUCAGAUGUAUCGACUCGUCUCCCAGGCUUCCUUCCUGUGCAGUGUUAGCAGAGGGGUAGUGGUGCCUCCCUGGCAUCGCCCGCACCUUGGGCAGCCACUCCCAGCCAUAGCACUUUGUUCCUGUCCGGGGUCAGCACUGAACUCCACCCUUCCCUAAAAACCAUCACAGCCCGAAAGUACGUGGGCUGAAGUUUGUUUCGUUUUUGUUUUUGUUUUUGUUUUUUUGUAUUUUAACUGUGUAACAUUUUGUAUGAUACAAAACUAUAUUUUGUACUUAACCAAAUAUAUUUUCACCCCAAAACGGGGGUACUCUUUGUAAAAAAAAAAUGAAUAAAGUUUU